AUGGGGCUGUGGCUGGAGGGGUUCGGCGUCCUGCUGACCUUGGCUUUGAGGGUAAAGGCUGUGCAGGUGAAGGGACUUGCCCCGGGCCAUCGAAGGAGGCAGUGUCAGAGACAGGAUGGCUGCUGCUGCCGCUGGUUCUCCGUCCCUCCCGAGCCGGUGGUGAGCGCGUGCGGCCGGGGCGGAGUGGCCAAAUUCGGCGGCUUUUUCUCGGUCCUCGUCCGUUCCAGCCCUCCUCGGCGGUGUAAACCGACGAUAGAAAAUAUCAAAGUCUAUCUCCAUGAGAAGGAGCUAUGGAAGAAGUUUCAUGAAGCUGGCACCGAAAUGAUAAUAACCAAAGCAGGCAGGAGGAUGUUUCCUAGUUACAAGGUUAAAGUGACCGGAAUGAACCCCAAGACCAAGUACAUCCUGUUGAUCGACAUCGUCCCGGCUGACGACCACCGGUACAAAUUCUGUGACAAUAAAUGGAUGGUGGCUGGGAAGGCAGAGCCGGCCAUGCCGGGGCGGCUGUACGUGCACCCCGACUCGCCGGCCACGGGAGCCGGGCGGGCGGCUGGGCCGGCUCGCCCUCCCCGGCACCCUCGGCCGCUGCGGGUGCCCGCAGGUGUACGGCACCGGGCUCCCUACCUGGCUCCCACCAUCCCGGGCUCCAGCUCCUCCCGGCAUCCCAAAAUCCCGCAGAGACCCCUGCCCAUAGCUUUGCUCCGAUGUGCAGGGCUCGGGCAGGAACCGCUUGCUGUUGGGAUCAUUCUUAAUUCAAUGCAUAAAUACCAACCACGGCUGCAUAUUGUGAAGGCGGAUGAGAACAAUGCUUUCGGGUCGAAGAACACAGCCUUCUGCACCCACGUUUUUCCGGAGACGUCCUUUAUAUCGGUGACUUCCUACCAGAAUCACAAGAUAACCCAGCUGAAAAUUGAAAACAACCCCUUUGCCAAGGGAUUCAGGGGGAGCGACGACAGCGACCUGCGCGUGGCACGACUGCAAAGCAAAGAAUAUCCAGUAAUUUCCAAAAGCAUCAUGAGGCAGAGGUUGGUGUCCAGUCAUGGCCAGCUUUCAACAAAGCCAGACGUUAACCCACUUCAUGGGAAUCACCAGACCCUUCAACAUUAUCAGUAUGAGAAUGGUGCUCACAUGCAAUUUGCAGCUUCAGAUACUCAAGACCUGCCACUCAACACCUUCACAGCACAGAGAGAUUCAGGGCUCUUCUAUCAUUGCCUAAAAAGAAGAGAAAGCGCUCGGCACCUGGACCUGCCCUGCAAACGCUCCUACCUGGAAGCCUCCUCUUCUGUAGGAGACGAUCACUACUUCCGUUCCCCGCCGCCGUACGAUCAGCAGAUGCUCAGCCCUUCCUACUGCAGCGAGGUGACUCCGAGGGAAGCGUGCAUGUACUCUAGUUCUGGGCCCGAAAUCGCUGGUGUCUCGACGGUUGACGACUUGCCGCCUCCACCUCCCCCCUUGAGCUGCAAUAUGUGGACUUCUGUCGCACCUUACACCAGCUACAGUGUUCAGACAAUGGAAACUGUCCCUUACCAGCCUUUCCCUGCUCACUUCACUGCCACCACCAUGAUGCCACGGCUCCCGUCCAUCGCAGCUCAAGGCUCGCAGCCCCGGGGCACCAGCCACUUCAGUGUCUACAACCAGCUGUCCCAGUCUCAGGUUCGGGAGCGCGUUCCUUCAUCAUCUUUCCCGAGGGAAAGGGUGCACCCUUCUGUGUGCGAGAGAAAACCCCCCUCUCCGCACCUAAACGCGGCGAACGAAUUCCUGUACUCACAAAGCUUUUCCUUGUCGAGGGAGUCGUCGCUGCAGUAUCAUUCAGGGAUAGGGACUGUGGAGAACUGGACUGACGGAUGA